CCAGGUAACUGGUGCGCACUUGCCCAGCCUGCAAUUGCCAGAGCAGAGCACCCAAGGUCCCCAAGCCGCCAGUGCGCAGGCGCCGCUCGUUCGACGCCCCCCACCCCCCACCACCGCAGACCCGCCUCCGACGCUUUUUCUGCGGACCCCAGCGUGCCGGCCUUCCUCUCGCGCAGGCUCAGGACGGGUCUCGGGAGGCGGGGCUGGAAACCGGGUGUUGCUUGGAUCUUUGUGGGUUCAGCUACUCCUGCUGCGCAGGCCAGCCAUGGGCAUUGCGCCCUGAGCCAGUGAAAGAGUGCGAAGUGUCUGUCCGUCUGCCCUCCUGCGAGGGGCUGAGGAGGCCUGGAACUGGGCGCAGAGUUGCAGGGCCGAUCGGUUCCCUGUGAGCUCUCCAGAAGCGAUUCUGGAGGAGCGCGGGGCACCGAGAUCUCAGGUGUGGCUGUGGCCAUUUCCUGGUGGUCUCCGUGGGAGCUGGGUCCUAGAGUUCGGUCUCCAGAAGGAGGCGGCGGCCAGUCUUCUGAGGCGCCUGGGAGUGCAAGAGGGGAUAGAACAUUGCUUCCCACAGCCACAGCCGCAGCCGCCGUGAGCUCAUUUGGGACGCCAAUCCGGGUUUGACAGCCCUGCUCUGGGUCCUGCAGGUCGGUUGGGCGUCGCUGCGCGAAGUGGGGAUGCCCGGUGUCAUCCGGCUGGCUCCCCGCUCCCUGAGUCCCGGCAGGAUCGCAGGGCCGCCGCCGAAUGACAGAGAUUUGGACCUAGUGAAAGAACUAGCCCCAGCUAUGGACUCCAGAGCUUCAGUUCUCCCUUCUCAGGAACCUGCUCUUCCUCCGGAGAGAUGCCUAGGAGACAAGGGAACAGCCAGCUUAUUCCUGAAAGCCAGACCUCAGGACCUGAUGACGUUUGAGGAUGUGGCUGUGGAAUUCACCUGGUGGGAGUGGGGGCGGUUGGACCCUGCUCAGAAGGACCUGUACCGGGAGGUGAUGCUGGAGAAUUUCAAGAACCUGGCCUCCCUGGGGUUUCCAGUGUCCAAACCAUAUAUGAUCUGCCAGUUGGAGGAAGGGGAAGAGCCCUGUAUUUUAGAGAGAGAAAUCUCAACAGGUGUCCACUCAGACUGGGAGAGAAGGCCUCAAGCCAAGGAAGCUAUGCUAAGUCAAGGACUUUCCAAAGAAGAAUUAUUGCAGAGAGCAUCAGUGGAGAAACACAUUAGAGAUGAACUCAGGUCCUCCAAACUGAAAGCAACCUGUGGUUGGGAUGACCAGGAGAAGUAUACUAUAAAUGUGAUACAGCAUUCAGACAGACUUCAGGGAGAAGUAACUCUCAGAGAACUCAACCAGGGAAGAAAUCUUGCAAAUGCAAUGAAUAGCGUUACUGGAGUUGGGUAUGAACGGCUUUUUUAUUCUUCCGUUUCGACCAUUCCCCGCUUCGACCUUCACUUAGACCCCGCUCCGUGCUCGUCCGUACCUCUCAUUUCGGUUUGGGAAGAGUUCACAGCAUCAGCUUCAUUCAGAGAGAGUAUUAUGUCUGCGGUGCGCGCGCUCGCCGCUCUCGAGAUCCGGAGAGUCCCGCGGGGAGACGGAGCCCAGCCCCGCCCACCCCGGCGGCCAGCCCACGCCCACCCCAGUGGCCAGCCCCGCCCACCCCGGCGGCCAGCCCACGCCCCUCCCCCCCGGGGGCCAGCCCAAGCCCCGCCCCUGGGUCCUAACGCGAAGACCCCGCUGGGGCUGUCCGCGGCGAGGCCGGAUUCAUCCCACCCGCUGCCUGUCUGGACACCGCCUCACCCGGGCCUGCGCUGCAGCGCGGCCCCCGGACCUUGGGGACUCGGGCCGAGGUCUGCGGCCGUUGGAUGA